AUGUACGACAAAGAAGCCAAGAUCCUGAUCGUGGGCUCCGGCGUGUUCGGACUCUCGGCAGCCUACCAUCUGGUGCAGAACGGGUACAAGAAUAUCCAUAUCUUCGACCGCAACAAUUACGACGAGACCAAGUACCACCCGCUGCUCGGGUCCGAUAGCGCCAGCGGCGACAUCAACAAGUUCUUCCGUGUCUACUACGAGACCAAGAGCCUGUACUCGAAGCUCGCUGUCGAGGCCCUUGAUGUUUGGGAGAGAUGGAACGAAGAGAUCCAGCAGCUGCCAGAGGCGGACAAGGCGCGCUUUGUAGACGACGACCUCGAGCUGAUCCGGCUGUCAGGCGGUCUGCGGAUCUCUGACACGCCGGAAAUGGCCCCCGUCGAAAAGGAAAAUCUCGAAGGAUUUGAAAGACUGGGGUUGCGUGCAACGCAGUUCGAUGUCAAUUCCGACGAAGACCUGCUCCGCGCGAAGCUGCUGGGGCUGCAUAGGAAGCUGGCUGUGGUGCGCGACCUGCAGCAGCGGGGCAAGAUCAGCACUGUCUCCGGCACGCUGGACGGCAUCGGGCGCAUGCUCAAGGCCGACAAGGCGUGCUUCUACGUGAAAAUCCUGCUGGAGCACGCGGGGGUGAAAUUUUACUACGGCGAGCAGGGAGCGUUUCGCGACAAAAUUCCAGCCGGAGACGCUAUUGGCGGGAUUACCACCGCAGACGGCCAGCGGCACACGGCAGACCUCGUGAUUGUGAGCGCUGGCCCGUGGACGGAGUCGCUCGUGCCCCAGCUGCAGCAGCGCAUCCAUGCGUCGCUCGCCAACAUUCUGUACCUGGAAAUUCCCAGGACCCGACAGGACCUGAUCGACAAGUACUCAGAGUAUCCCCACUUCCAGUGGAAGACGACGAGCAGCGAGCACGACCGUAACAAGAACCACGACGUGGGCGAGGGUGGGUUUGCCUUCUUUCCGCCAACCAAAAAGGAAGGCAUUUUGAAAGUCAACACCAGACAGAGAAAAUACUUGAACCCUGAGCGGGUUGGCGACCGCUAUGUUUCCGUGCCAAAGACGCUCGGCGACGAAAGACUGCCGAGGAGCGUUGUCGAGGAGGCCAAGGAGAUUUUCAUGGCUGUAGCCCCGGACGUGGUGCGGCUACCAGGGGUAAAGCUGAAGACGAAGCUGUUGUGGUACACGGACGCCAUUAACAGCGACUUUGUGAUCGAUUUUGUGCCUGGCUACCAGAAUCUGAUUGUUGCUACGGGCGGCUCGUCGCACGCGUUCAAGUUCCUGCCUGUUCUGGGCAAGACUGUAGUGGACAGGGUGCUCGGCCGCGAGAACGAGUACACGGAGCUGUUCAGAUGGAAAGAUCCGCAGGACAUCAAGGUGGACAACUAUUUGCUCAAGGAGGAGCAUAUAGAGAGGGACGAAAAGAGACGGUUCGACACGGCUGUUCUGUGCACGGACGCGGACCUCGAGUUUUCGACCUCCGACCUCGAGCGACUGGAUCACGUGACUAUUUAG